AUGCACAUGAUGACCAAGAUGGGUGAAGUUGAAUGCCCUGACUUGUACAGGAAAGACUGCAAUCUGGCCGCCCACCUGCUGCACUGCUCCAAGUCACACUACAGAGCACACAAGUUGUCUGAGUUGCCUCUGGAUUUCCAGGAACGCAUCAACUCCUACAUGGAGAAACAUAGUCGAGGUAGAGGAGCCACCAUAGCAAUGUGUCACCCCAAUUACCCUGAAGAAGUGCCGACAGCAGUUAUUGCCAAGGUCCUGGAAAAGCUUGAACCAGGAAGUGACUCCCCUAUAACAUGCUCAUCAAGCUCCCAUGUUCAGGAUGGAGACUUUUUAAUAGGAACAGGAAGCAAUGAUCACCUAAACCGCCGCAUUUCAUACAAAUCAUCUGACCUGUACUGCAGCGACACAGCCCUGUAUUGUCCCGAACGAUGGCAAGACACAGAACGAAGGCAGAGUGUUGACCUCCAUGACACUGGGCUGCUUCAGCUGCAUGCUCAGACCUCCUUAGAGAGUAACCCAGAUGAUGAUCCUUUUCAGUCUGGUAGUUUCUCCCACCAUGAUCCCCCAUCGUCUUUUCACCACCAUGAAGAGUUUGGCACUGGCAGUUUCCCUGCCUCUAGUUCGUACUCCAGCUUUAGCCUUGCAUCAGAUGAGAAGGGGACAGUCAGUGGAGGGGGUGGGCGCACCACCAAUAGCGCCUUAUCCUCUUCCCAUCAGGGUCUUUAUAUGGACUGGCGAGAUGGUGUAAGUGGGGACUAUGACCACAAGAGCUUGUCUUCAUAUGACAAACAAAAUCCUGGCUUCUCCAAGUCACACAGCGUACAGCGAUUGGUGAGCACUAGAAGUCCCCAAAAGGGCAUGUCACCAUCGUACACAAGGACAGCUUCAUGCUUCAGUGAACCAUACCACUCAAGCUCCCCUCGCCUUGCCUCCUCCCACAGCAUGGGGUCCACAGCAGGACUGGGCCAGGCCCAAGGUGGAGCUUUGGACAGCCGGAAUGACAUACAGGUCCCUGAGGAUGACUUAAGUAUCCGCUGGAAACAGCUCAGCGUUGAGGAUAUCCAUAGUUUCUCUUCUUAUCGCAACAUGGCAGGCCGAAUCUCCCCGUACAGCUUCUCUGAGCAACAAUUUGCCAUGGGCCCAUCAAGUAAGCACAAAGAGUCUCUCUACAGCAGUUUCCAAGAAGGUGAUGAUGUCUUCCACGGCCAUGUCCUUGACCACUGUUUUUCUGUCGGCUCCCCGUCACCAAGCCAAAAUCCCAAACCUAAAGAGCAUCGUAGGUCUGAGAAAACAUCUGCAUUGUAUCGAGCAAAGGAUGACAGUCAAGACUCAGAGGGCAGUCUGUUCCUCUCUGGGAGCUCUAAAGACAAGGAAAGCAGUGGGGGGGCAACAUCGGCUAACAGUACCAAGAAGGACUAUGUAAACCUGGGCGUGGAUAGCUCGGCUGAGUCCUUGCACCACAGCUCAUUGGAGGCAUCAAGUCUUCAGCACUAUCCAGCCCCAAGGCCAACCAUCCGACCUCGCCCUAGCUCCAGUUCUGCCCUCAGCACAGGUCCUGCACUCCCGAAGAAAACUUCUCCGAGAUACAAAAAAUUUGGAAGCACAGGAUUGACGAGGAAGGACAGUUUAACCAAGGCACAGCUAUACGGUACGCUGCUCAACUGAGUGCAGACAAGCAGUUUCAGUUUAUGCAUGCUGAUGGUGAUGACUCCAAACUGUACUGUACUGCACUGUAUGUUUCCCUGAAGCAAACACAUUCUUGUGAUGGGAUGUUAAGCUGUUGUCCCUUUUUGUAUCUUAGCCAAGGCACGCUUCAUGCAGUCUGUAACAUGUUUUCUAUUGUGCAUCUUGAUAUACUGUAGCAAUCUGAUACCAUCUUUAAAGAAAAUGUAAUAGUUUGCUUUUCCAGUAAUGAGGAUUUUAAUUAGCACCACCAUUAUGUGGUUAGCACAGUAAGCAAAUUGAUAUAAACUCCUGUUUGAAGGGCAUUUAUCAUCACCAAUAUCAUCAGAAACUUUUAAUUCAAAACACUGAUAUUCUAGAAUAAGACAGAAAGACAUUGUACUUUCUGCUCCGGUCAUAACAAGAACUGUUAUUCUAAUAUGCAUCAACAUGCAGUAAUUGUGCAAGUCUAGCUUUUGUCCACGUCAUUAGUGUUUAAGUUGGGAUUAAUUGCUUUACAGUAAUAUAGCUUUUAAAACAACACUGUCUGUUAUUAUACUGGAACUCCACGAGUCGUUGUGUAAUCUGUCAACCCAUGACAAUAAUCAAUGUGCUCACCCGUCCCUCCACACACACACGCGCACACACACAAAAACCCCUUCAGGCCAGUGCUACAAAUAUGGUGGCUUGAAGGGAAGCUUAACUACUCAUUCAUCCAAAGACCACUUAAGGAUUAACACUUUCCUGUCGUCUUUCCUGCCUUCCCUAAUUUUGGCUCAGACAUGGAGAAAAGUGCUUUUAUUUAAGUUUUAUUAAAGACAUAAUAAAACAAAAGAUGUAAAAAGAAAAAUUCUUGGUAAAACAAGAAUUUGAAGUUGUUGCAAACAACUGAAAUUAAUCUCACUGCUGCAAGUGUUUAUUUGCUGGGACAAAAAGUAUACAUUUUCAUAAAAUAUCUAUUUUUAUUGGAUGGUGAAAAACAGAUACUCUUCACCAGAUCCCUCAGCUAUCUCCAUUAGGAUUUUUAAUCAAAAGUGCACAGUUCAUCCUUUUUCAAUGUUGGCCAUGAGCGGCUACACAUUUACUUGAAAUUAUGAUUAAAAAGAUAUUUUCAGUUACAGUAUACUUCACCAUUUCCAGAUGAUCAUCUCCUUCUGUUUGGAUAGGGGCCCUGUCAUUUACUAUGACGGCCACCAAAAAACAUGCAGUCAUGUUAAAAUUAAGCAAUAUACACCAAGCUCUAAUCCCAAUAGUGUUUACUUAAUUAUGUUAAAGCCUGGAAGAAUUUUUGCAUCGCAAUCAGCAAAAAAAAAAAAAAAAAAAAAA